AUAGUCUGUGUGACUGGUGCAGAAGAUACUACAUUUUAAACAAAUAACGAAAAACCUACUGAAAACAGAGGCACCGCAAUUAAGCAAAUGGAAGGACACAAUUAUUGAUAUUUAUGAAAUGGAGAUAAUAAAUCACAGUAUUAGAAAUCUAGCAAACUCUUUGACAUGAGAUGGAAGAGUAUCCAUUAAACAAAUAUUAUACAAAAAUAAUAUUGUUAAAAAACAAAUAAAUACAGAGAGAGGAAAGAAAGGGGGUCGGGAUAGGAAGAGGGGAGCAGAGGAAGGAGAAAGGAAUAAGAACAGCUAUAUGUUUAAAAUUAGUUAAACCUGUCUUAUUCGUUAGGCUAUUAUAUUUUUCUCUCUCUUUUAUUUUACUUUACUACUUAUAUUUGCUUAAUUAAUUUAUCUUCCUAAAUGUACGUUUAAUCUGUUAAAGUAUGUGUAUGUAUGUGCCUGUAUGUAUGGGUAUAAACUGUAGAUAUCAUGGAGUUGGUAACUCCUUCUGUUGAGAAAUAAUCACUGUAAGGGAAUGCAAUUUAACAAAUAGAAUACAAAAAAAGACUAUGCUCAUCUUACACUUUUGUCUGUAUGUAGCCACGGAAGUUCCUUAUUUCAUGCAAGUUCUAACAGGCCAAUGCCUCAUUACCAUGUUAAAUACAGUGUUUGUUCUGCUCUCAUUCCAGGUUUGGGAUAUGUGAAGUGAACAAAGUGCCACGUCUGAGAAUAUACAUCACACACCAGCUCUGAAAGAAGCAGCUGGUGUCACAGUUUGUCCUGUGGACUAAAAUUAUUUAGACAAUCAAUCAGAUAUUUAACAGUUUCUCCCCGAGUUUUGUCAUAAUGAACUUCUGUUGCAAAUAAAACUUUCUUUUAUCAGGGAAUCCAUUCGGAAACCAGUAAAACAGUUAUUUAAUAUAUUUAAUAAUAAACUUUUAUUGUAUUCUACACUAAGAUCAAUCGUAGCUUCACUUUCCUCAAUACAGGCCCACAGUAGGAGCGUCCUAUAUGGCACUAUAAUGAUUUCUCCAAGUGUAGGACUAAAGGGGGGGAUGACGGGGUGGGUGGUGUUACCGGGGGCUCAACUGUUCAAACCCCACCUCCAGCCAAGUUACUGUCGGAGGAAGAGGAGAGUUUCACCCCUUCUCUCUCUACCGGUUCCUGUAGUCUCCGGUCCAGGCUCCUGACCCGCUGCAGAGCCCUGACAUUUUACCGUCAUGGAGCUCCGUUAUGCGCUGCUGUUUCUGUGCCUUGUUCUGCCAUUGUGCACAUCGGACAAUAAUCUGAGCAGCCACUCGGUUUUGGAGCCGUAUGAUAUCCUCUUCGACACGGCGGUGGAAGCCUACUACAGGGGGGACUGGUUGUCGGUUAUCCUGAACAUGGAGAGGGCGCUCAGGAACAAAGCUACGGUCCGCAAUGUGAAGGCUCAGUGCCGGCUCAGCUGCGCCAACCAGUCCGCUUUCGGUGACCCAUUGGCCGGCUUGGGAGUUCCCAUACCGGGGGCCGGGUCUGUGGAGGACCUGGGCUUCUUCCAGAAAAUCCUGAAACGGGCAGACUGCGUGAACUCCUGCGAGACUCAGAAACUCGGUCCGCCGAAUCUGCAUCUGGUCAGUGAAGAAAUUGAGCUGGAGUUCAAGAAGAGGACCCCAUAUAACUACUUACAAGUCGCCUACUUCAAGAUCAAUAAGCUGGACAAGGCGGUGGCAGCGGCCAACACCUUCUUCCUGGCCAACCCGGACCACAUGGAGAUGAAACAGAACCUGGAUUACUACAGGAUGAUGGCAGGAGUACAGGCAGAAGACUUCAAAGAUCUGGAGGCCAGGCCCCACAUGGCCGAGUUCCUGCUGGGGAAGAGUUACUACAGCGACGACUCGUUCGGUCUAGCGGCCGAACACUUUGAAGUGGCCAUAGACGAGUACUUCACGGCCGAUAAGGAGUGCAGAGCUCUGUGCGAGGGAGCCUACAACUACGACGGAUACAACUACAUGGAGUACAGCGCCGACCUGUUCCAGACCGUGACAGACCACUACACGCAGGUCCUGGGCUGUAAGCAGCACUGCUCCGUGGAGCUGGCCUCUACAGCUGGUAGAGACAAGCCCUUCGAGGAUUUCCUCCCCUCACAGUUCAACUACAUGCAGUUCUCCUACUACAACAGUGAGAAGUACGAGCAGGCCAUAGAGUGCGCUAAGACCUUCCUGUUGUUCCGUCCUAAUGAUGAGGUGAUGAACCAGAACCUGGCUUAUUAUUCUGCUGUGUUGGGCGAAGACAAGGCAGGAACCAUAUCAGCCAGACAGGUGGUGAAACAGUACAUUCAGCAGUCCAUACUGGAGAAAGAGCUGCUUUACUUUGGAUAUGAAGCCUUUGGAAUCACCUUUGUAGAUCCAGACACAUGGACUCCUGAAGAUGUCAUGCCUAAGAAACUGAGAGACAAGCAGAAAGCUGACAGAGAGACUGCAGCGAGGAUCACAGAGGAAAUAGGAAACCUAAUGAAGGAGAUCGAGACUCUGGUUGAGGAGAAGAAGAAGGAUUCGUCAGAUAUGGCCAAGAUAAUAGUGCCGCAGGAAGGUGGUGCUGUGUUGUACGAUGACAUCAAAGUAACCAUGACGUCCAAGCAGCUGAAUGGCUCUCAGCGGGUGUUGCUGGAUGGAGUGGUCAGUGAUGACGAGUGCAGGGAGCUGCACCACCUAUCCAAUGCAGCUGCUCUGAUAGGAGAUGGCUACAGGGGGAGCACUUCCCCCCACUCCCCCAGUGAGCUGUUCCAGGGAGUCACCGUCCUGAAGGCUGUCAAGCUCGGACAGGAGGGGAAGGUCCCGCUGAAGAGCGCUCGUCUGUUCUUCGACCUGAGCGAGAGGGUGAGGAAGGUGUUGGAGUCGUACUUCAGCCUGGAAACUCCGCUCUACUUCUCCUAUUCCCACCUGGUCUGUCGCUCCGCCAUUGACGAGAAGCAGGAGGACCGUAAGGACCUGAGUCACCCUGUUCACGUGGACAACUGUCUGCUGGUGUCCGAGGUGAACGAGUGUAUCAAGGAACCUCCUGCAUACACACACAGAGACUACAGUGCCAUUCUUUAUUUAAAUGAUGACUUUGAAGGAGGAGAUUUCAUUUUCGCUGAGAUGGAUGCCAAAACAGUCACGGCUGAGGUGCGUCCACAGUGUGGCCGUGUGGUCGGGUUCGGUGCAGGGAAAGAAAACCCCCACGGUGUCAGAGCUGUCACUAAGGGUCAGAGGUGUGCUGUAGCGCUGUGGUUCACACUGGAUCCUGCUCACGAGGAAAAGGAGAGAAUCCAAGCUGCGGAUAUGCUGAAGAUGUUUUCCACACCUGUGAAUGCCGAGUUCAGUAAGAAGGAGGUGACAGACACCUCAGAGCCCCAACCAGUAACACCAGAGCCUCCAUCAGAUAAAAAACAAGACGAUAAACCGGCAGAGCAGAAGCCGGAUGCACCAGCCGACACACAGGCCGACAAACCGGCUGACACGCCGAAGGACAAAACAGAGAAGAAACCAGUCAGCAAAACAACAACUAAAGGCACUAAAGCCAAAGCUGCUCCGAAAGCAAAGGCCAAAGCUGGAGACCAGGCAAAGGACAAGACAGCAGACAAAGGCAAACCUGCUGCAAAAAAACAGACGGUUAAAACACAAGCCAAACAGGUAGACAAAAAGGACAAAAAACCAGCUGCAAAAAAGACAGUAAAAGUCGUUGCCAAGAAGGACUCCAAAAAAGCUAAAGCUGACGGCACGUCAGCCUCAGACUCUCAGAUCGAGGACAAGGACGAGCUGUGAUCAAACAGCACCUGGGACUGUGUAUGUGCUGUCUGUUUUUCUGUUUGCUCCAAGGUCUUCUCUGUGGGUGGUUGAAUGGAAAUGGAUUGAAAGUUACUAAAAUGUUGUUUGCCUUUAAAGUUAUUGGUUGUUGUGGAUGAUACCAAGGGACUGCUGUUUUACCCGGAUUUCACUCACAGUUUUAAUUGAGUACUUUUUUUUUAUAGGUAUAUCCUUGUUGACAAUCUGCAAAAGUGCCCAAAUAACCGCCUUCGUUUGACAUUCAAAGCUUUGUAUCUGUAUAGAUGGGACAUAUUUUCAUCUCGGUUUUCAACCUGAAUUCCUUUUAUUUUCUCUUAUUUGUGAUGCCAUGAUGUGAAAGCGCGGGUGGUCAAAAGAGGGGGGGCAGAAGUCAACUGUGUGAAUCAAUGAAAUAAAAGUAAUGUUUUUAAA